GUUCCUGGCGGGUGCAGCUCCGAGGCUCAGUGCUCACACCCCGCACCCGCCAGCAGUGACGGCCGCGCCCAGAGCGCAGACCCAGGGCGCAGCCACAACCCGGGGAAGCGGAGCGCGCGGCCGCCUGCCCGGCUUGGACGCAGGGCGCUGGGCGGGGGCUGUCUGGAGCCCGCAGCUGGCCGGGAGCAUCCUGCCUUCCCGUGGACCCUGGGAGAGGUGCGUGGCCAGAUACCGCGCGCGCGGCUACUGCCUUCCACGGAGGUGUCACUGCUGACAUGGACCGUUAGCUCGAGAUCUUCUAGACGCUUCUCACUGCCACCAUGGACACCUCUCCCUUCCUGGCCUCCCUGCUCCCCACAUACCCCCAGGAGGAAAACAGCAGCAAGCCCCAGAGGCUCCUGUUCAACUUCUCUGACCACUGCCAGGAUUCAGGGGACCUGAUGGGCUUCAUCGUCACCUCCUACGGCAUCGAGACCAUUGUGGGGGUCCUGGGGAACCUCUGCCUGAUCUGCAUGACCCUGAGGCAGAAGGAGAAGGCCAACGUGACCAGCCUGCUCAUUGCCAACCUGGCCUUCUCCGACUUCCUCAUGUGUCUCAUUUGCCAGCCGCUCACUGUCAUCUACACCAUCAUGGACUAUUGGAUCUUCGGCGAGGUGCUUUGCAAGAUGUCAGCCUUCAUCCAGUGCAUGUCCGUGACAGUCUCUAUCCUCUCGCUCGUCCUCGUGGCCCUGGAGAGGCACCAGCUUAUUAUUAACCCGACGGGCUGGAAGCCCAGCGUCCCCCAGGCCUACCUGGGCAUCGUGGUCAUCUGGCUCAUCGCCUGCGUCCUCUCCUUGCCCUUCCUGGCCAACAGCAUCCUGGAGAACGUCUUCCACAAGAAUCACUCCAAGGCCCUGGCCUUUCUGGAGGACAAGGUGGCCUGCAAGGAGUCCUGGCCCCUGGGCCACCACCGCGUCGUCUACACCACCUUCCUACUGCUCUUCCAGUAUUGCAUCCCGCUGGCCUUCAUCCUCGUCUGCUACCUGCGCAUCUCCUGGCGCCUGCGCAGACAGGGGCGCGUGCUCUGCAAGAGCUCGAGAGCUGGGCAGAUGAAGAGGAUCAAUGGGGUGCUCGUGGCCAUGGUGGGCGCCUUCGCGGUGCUCUGGCUGCCCCUGCACGUGUUCAACAGCCUGGAGGACUGGCACCACGAGGCCAUCCCGGUCUGCCACGGCAACCUCAUCUUCCUGGUGUGCCACUUGCUCGCCAUGGCCUCGACCUGUGUCAAUCCCUUCAUCUACGGCUUUCUCAACACCAACUUCAAGAAGGAGGUCAAGGCCCUGGUGCUGACCUGCCAGCAGAGCCUGCCGCCGGAGGAGUCCGAGCACCUGCCCCUGUCCACGCUGCACACUGAAGUCUCCAAAGGGUUUCUGCCACUAGGUGGCAGGUCCAACCCCAUUUAGCCAGCUCCAAGAUUUACCCCUGCAUGUCACUUGCCAGGACUUCUCCCCUAACCCAGUGGGCAUACUGCAAACUGUGGGCAGUGCUCCUGAUUUGUUGGCUUUUGGGGUCCAGAAAGAGCUUGUUUUUUGCAUGCUCUGUAUGUGAAGCCUGAGAUCAGAUAGAUCAGCUCCUUAGUCCCUGGAGAAUUCUGAGUCCAGAUUCUGCAGGUCAUGGUGAACCUGACAGCUGGAGCUGCAGAUUGGCAGGGCUGGAAAUGUCUGCCUGCCACAGGAAGGGUUCAUGCUGGGAGUUCAGUGGCAGAUGGCUGGCCUGGACAAUCAGGGACCUGGCCUGGGCAACCAGGGACCUGGUCUCCAUCAGUGAGACCUUGAGGUCACUGUAGAUGAGGGGCACUUGGAGCCAGAUCUCUGGCUGCACUUCCUAAGCAGUGGGAAUCCGUGUGACCAGGGUAGUGAGCUUCCAGUGGAGAGGGCGGAUCUGUAGUCUCUUGGGUCCUCAGGCCCUGCCGCAGGAGUCCGAGCUCACAUCACACCCUGUGUCUUCUGCCUUGUAUGGAAACCAGCUUGACAUGUCUCUCCUCGAUGAGAUGGCAUAUACCCUGAGAGUGACAUCUGUGCUGUCACAGGGCUCUUUCCCUUCAUGCCCAGCCCUGGCUCCAGCACCAGGAGAGAAUGCAUGAAAAGCUUCUCAUGGAUUGAAAGUCAAGGUGUCACCCACUGCUGUGUUGGUGUCCAUAGUCCCUCACUAGUCCUGGUCCUCCAAAGUGUCUCUGUAUGUGGGUCCAUGCCUUCCUUGCAGAGAAGACAGUGUCAGCUUGCUCCCGUGGGAUGUCCCGCCUGGCUCUCCCGGCUGAGCCCACCCUCCCACGGAGCAGACUCUGACUGGGUGCACUGUGGUCAUUGGGGUGGGAUGUUCAGGUGCUGGGCCCUCAGGAGCCUCCUGUGAGGCUGUCCGUGCUGGGCUUAUUCAGAAGUCAGGUAAAGGGUCAUCUAUCCACUGUCUAAGCUCCCCAAAGAAUUGGGCUUUGGGCCCCUUGAGAUCCAUUGUAAGUGCCUGGAACUUGUUCCUCAUUAUUAGUCUGAGUGGCACCAAGCUGCCUGAGGACAAGGAGCCUUAGGGUGCCAGCGGGCUUCAGGGCGAGAGGUCCUGACUGGGUGCCUUGAGGGUCCCUGGCAUGAGGACUUGGGGCAGUGGGUAGAGGUCCCACUGAGCACCCACCAUGCUCUCUCCCCUUGCUUAGGUUGACACAGUCCGCCUAGAUGGCCGUGUCUGCUCCCGGUUCCCAUCGACCCCUGUGGUUGCUUGGUUACCAGCAUCCCAGAGUAUGGGCAGAAUACCAGUAGCGCUAGCAUCAGCCAGGGCCUGUUAGAUGCGCAGAUUCCUCGACGUUCCAGACCUACUGAAUCCAGACUGGAAAUUUAGGAAGCUCCCAGGCUAACGGCACCUGUGUUAAAGCCCGGAGCGCUGUUCUAGGAAGCGUUGCCUGGAGCCUUGGGGCAUUGCCCUGGGAUUAGUAGAGAACUGUCACAUCCUCAGUCCGGCACAUGUCUUUACACUUGUCCUUGCUGAGAAGGGAUGCCCAGCCGUGGUUGUUUGCCUCAUCUCUGGCUGCCUGUGGACGCCCUUCUCGAGAAGCAUUCCUUCAGUAGAUAUUUGCCAAGUGCAGAGUUCACAAAGUUCCGCCCUAGGGAACGUGUCCUUGGGCGUUCGGCUGUGUCCCACUUAAAAUCCAGUUUCUCAUCUUGCUGGGUGUAAUUUUGAUAGUUGCUUAAGAUUUUAAGAACCGCUCCGGAGGAAGUUGGCAUUUCUCAGUUGGGUCCAUCUCUUGCCCAGAAAAGCAUCCCUUUGCCAGCUGCCGCAGGAGGCUGUGGUUGGAGCUCACACCCCCACACACCGCCCAAGAGCCCUCGGAUUGCAAAACCUUAUGGAAUCCUGCUGGGGAGGGCUUCUACCCUGCCUGACUCCAGCCCUUCUGUUUUACAGAAAAGAUGCUGACUUGUUUUUUUCCAUCAUAAAAUUAAAUCAUAUUAGUCCUUAAACAUGGAAUACAUACACAAAUAAAGUGAAAAUAGAAAGGAAAUCAUUUUCCUGUCCUAUCUUGGAAUCCACCAAUCGGAGUUAACCACCGUUUAUAUUUUGGACAUUAUUUUUUGUUUAGUUUGUGUAAGAGUAAUCACCUAUGCACAUAGCCUUUUGAGGUGAGUUCGUACUGUGUGUGUAUUGGUCCUUAUCCAUUUGGAGAUUACAUCUUUGUUUUACUUUGUAAGAAUUUCAUUCAUUUUAUUAAACAAAUACAUAGCA